ACAAGAAUUGUUAUUUUUAGCUCCGUGGCUCGUGUUGCAGCAGCGCCGGGGUCUGCAGGAGACCUUUUUCCUCCAUCCCGUUGCACUGGAGAAGGAAACCCUCUGAGUGAGCUUGGAGCUGCUGGGUGGUGGACUGAUAGUCAGCGAGGAGGAUAUAACGGACUGACAGAGCGGGGAGGGGAGCACCACGGCACAUCUGAUCACUGUAUAUCACCAUCGUCCCACAGACUCUCUGGUCGCUCCUGGAGAUGGCUAGCCCCGCAGCAGGUCGAGACGUCCCCAAUGCCCAAACGAGGGACGACUCGGAGCGCUUGGAGCCGCACCAUCCCGAACCAGCCUGUCAGGAGGCUCAGAAAUGGAUAGAGGCUGUCACAGGGAAAAGCUUCGGCGAGAGGGACUUCCGCAGUGGAUUGGAGAACGGCAUCCUGUUAUGCGAACUGCUGAGUGCAAUCAAACCAGGGCUGGUCAAGAAGAUCAACAGACUGCCCACCCCCAUCGCCGGCCUGGACAACUUGUCAGUCUUCCUGCGGGGCUGUGAGGAGUUGGGCCUGAGGGGCUCACAGCUGUUUGACCCUGGGGACUUGCAAGACACUUCAAUACGAGCUAACCUCAGGGACUCCGACUGCACCCGCAAACUCAAAAAUGUGUUGAACACAGUGUUCUGGCUCGGGAAGGCUGCUUGCGGCUGUGCCUCCUACAGCGGCCCAACUCUCAACCUCAAGGAGUUUGAAGGGCUUCUCGCUCAGAUGAAGGUGGAGGUAGAGAACGGAGGGGACAGUUCCCAGAAGCGCAGUGUCAGAGACAGCGGCUACGACUGCUGGGACUCUGAGAGGAGCGAGUCUCUCUCUCCACCACAACACACCCGCGACAACUCCUUAGACAGUUUGGACUCCUUUGGCUCGCGCUCACAGCACAGUCCUUCUCCUGACGUGGUGAAUCGAGGCAACAGUGAUGGGCGAGGCAGCGACUCAGAGGCCGAUGGCUCCAGCAGGAGGCCAGAUGUUCGGAAGGAUGACAUGUUGGCCAGACGGCAUGCCAGCAGUGAAGCGAGAAGCUCCAUUCCCUUUAACCAGUUUCUUCCAAACAGAACCAACGUUACUUCCUACAUCCCCACUCCACGACGGAAACCACAUACUGAAGAGGGAGAGCAACGAAGGAGUGUGAGCAUGGGUGACAUCCUUAACGAGGACGAGGUGGGACACUUACCUCCAAUGAGCCAAUCCAAAUAUGAGCGCAUGCACGAACAGUACAACAACUUCCCAGAAGAGGAGGACCACUGGAGAGACGACUUGGCCAAAUGGAAGACUCGGCGUCGCAGUGCGUCACAGGAGUUGAUUAAGAAAGAGGAGGAGAGGAAGAAGCUGGAGAAAAGGCUGAAGGAGGAGGGAAGUGACAGCAACAAGAGGAAAAGUAUAAAGACCUAUAAGGAGAUCGUGGAGGAGAAGGAGCGCAGAGAGCUAGAGCUUUGUGACGCCUACAGGAAUGCAGCAACUCCAGAGGAGGCCGCCAUGGUUUUGCAACGCUACGCCCUUCGCUUUACAAUCAGUGAUGCAACAUUGGACAGCCUGAAACUUCCAAGAUCCACUUCAAAACCCAACCAGGAGCACAAAGAUCACAAAACAUUACCUGUUAGUGAAACUGAAAAAUCAGAGCCUCUGCAGCACAAACCAGAACCAGCUGCGAUAACGGACCUGAGCUGCACAAAACCUGAAGAGAUGGAGUCAGACAGAACCGCACAAGAAGAGACAUCAGACUCUGUCUCCUCCAGCACCACAACACCCAGCAGUCCCCUAACCCCGGUCAUUAACUCAGACCCUAAACCGCCUCAGUCACUGCAGCUCCAUGAACCGCAAACAAAAGCUGCAGAUUCUCCAAACACACAUCAGAAAGAAGCUGCUGCUGAGGAAGCAAAGCUGCAGACAAAUCACACUCCUCCUCAGACUGCACAUGUGAAGCCUCACACCACACAGCCUGGGCACACACUCCCCUCCCCUUCAUCUGUACCCUCAAGACCUGUCCCCAUACUGGCAGCCAAACCCUACUGCCAGCCCAAGAGCGCACAGGCCGGCCACAAGCAUGUCAAGAUGGAUGGGCUGGUGCGAGUGAACGGAGAGACAACGGAGGAUAUAUCUACACCCACGACGCCCUCCCCACAAGAGAUCAAAGAUGUUCCCCCCAAACAGACAGAAAAAGAGGUUCCCUCUGAGCAAUCUGCGACAAAUCAGAAGGCAGCAGAGCAGACGACUCCUCCGCAGAUACCACUUCCCCAGCCACCACCUCCUCAGAAAACCCCUCAACAGCCACCACCUCCUCAGACAACCCCUCAACAGCCACCACCUCCUCAGAAAACCCCUCAACAGCCACCACCCCCUCAGACAACCCCUCAACAACCAUCACCUCCUCAGACAACCCCUCAACAGCUACCACCUCCUGAGACAACCCCUCAACAGCCUCCACCUCCUCAGACAACCCCUCAACAGCCACCACCUCCCAAGACAACACCUAAACAGCCACCACCUCCUGAGACAACCCCUAAACAGCCACCACCUCCCCAGAAACCACUUCCCGAGACACCACCUCAGCAGACAUCCCCUUCUCAAACCGAAAAGACAGCCUCGUCUUCAGCCUCUGCCAUCAGCUCCCUGAUUGGAGGCCGGAACUGUAUCAUCACGACAACUAUCGUGACUGAGCUCACACAAACUGUUGUGGAGCCUCUUCAGCCGGACAUCCAAAGCAAUGGACAGGUCAAUGGUGCGACUGUGUUUUCUGAGAGACCAUCAGAGGAAACUCAGACUCCGCCAGCCACGUCACCAAACAGCAUGCAGGACUACUCUCCCACAGUCACAGAAGGACUCGAGGAGAGCAGUGUGUCCAUUGAGACCCCCAUGUUGAACUUGGCUAAACGUGUAAAUCACUGGGUCUGGGACCCCAAUGAGGAGCGUAAACGCCUGGAAAGGUGGCAGCAGGAGCAGGAGCGCCUCCUACAGGAACAAUAUGAGAAAGAACAGGAGAAGCUGAAGAAGGAGUGGGAGAAGGCACAGAUAGAGGUGCAGGAGGAGGAGAGGAAGCAUAAUGAGGAGGAGAGAAAGAUCCUAGAGGAGACUGUUACACCCCUCAAUCCCACGGGCGUAAUAAACCCACAGUCAGAGCAGUCAGUGCCGACUUCUUCAUCUACUGAAAACGAGAAAAAAGCAGACACUUUUCCUGUGCAGCUAAACGGCCAAAGGAUCUCCACAGGGAGCGAGGAUCAGCAUGCUACCAAGCUGCAUUUUUUCCAGGAAUCUGCAGGUGAUAGUGAAACUUCAAAGAAACAGGAACUUUGGAAGACAGCUUCUCUUGACCGCAACCCUCAACUAAACCAGCCACACAUUGUUAAAAGGUCUGAAUCACAAGACGGUGUAACAAACAAACAGAAGCCCUCCCCUUCAGCACCUCACCCUCCCUCCCCCACCAGGUGUGUUAGUGGGAAGAGACUCUGCUCUGGUUGUUCUCAGCCGCUGGGAAAAGGAGCUGCCAUGAUCAUUGAUACACUGGGACUAUUUUUCCACAUACAAUGUUUCAAGUGUGGAGUGUGUAAAGGGCAGCUGGGCGAUGCCACUACAGGGACAGAUGUACGAAUUCGAAAUGGACUGCUGAGCUGUCAUGAGUGCUACAUUGCAUCUCGGGGCAGAGGUCAGCCUACCACACUAUGAUGACCUGCAUUUUAACCUGAACUGGACCUGGAAAUGAAAUUGGAACUGGAACCCACACCACGGAUGACAGUGAUUGGGUGAAGAAGGAUUCUGGAACCUUGACUCACAUUUUGGGACAUUCUGGAAUGCUCUGGGAAUCUUUGUGGAACUUUGGAGUACUAAUCGUCUUUUCCCUGACAUGCACAAACAGCUUUAUGGAUAUUAUUAAAAGUGAAACUGGACCGA